UCACGUGACAUUUCCAGAAGGCACUAAAAUCGUUCCCUCGUGCGUCCAUGCGUGUUGCUUCGCUUGUGUGAGUCAUCGGGACGUUACUUAUUUUUCUACAUCGAACAGCGAUUUUCACUAUUAUUUUCAUAUUCUACUUACGAAAACACACAAUAUUAAUACUUGUUUCCUUCCUUUAAAACAAUGAGUGUAAUUACCGAAUCCGAGAAGAAACGCUUGCGUUCCUUGAAGGAGAAGAAACAGGCGUUUAAAGCAAAGAGACUAAUUAUACAUCAAGCAUUGAGUAACUUGGAUAAUACUACAAACAGUAAGAAGAUUAUAUUUGAUGACUUUGAUGAAGGGCAACCGUUGAAAUCGAGGAAGAGAGAUUUGUUUGACAGCGAUGAUGACAACAACGACGAAAAGGAUUCCCUAUGGAGUGAGAAGGUGUUUAAAGUCAAGAAAAGUAAAAAGGUCACUCUUGGCAACGACGCACGUUUCACUUUAGAUGACCGUUUCAUGGAAGACAAUUGCGACAAUGAGGAAAGUAAAGUUGUUAAUGGAACCAGUGAGUGUGAGUUGCAGAAGGAGAAGGAAAGACAGCUGGAUAUCUUAGAAGGCAUUUUAGGAAUGCCGCUUACUGUAAAAAGUCAGGAGAACCAGCCUGUUAAGAAGGGAUUGAUGAUACGAUAUGAUCCGACUGAAAAUGGACAUUGUGAAUAUGAAAUAAAACCUGCACAACCGGAAACUAAGGAGAAGAAUAGUAGAAAAAAGAAGAGCGAUAAGUCAGUGUCAGAAAUUGGAGAGCCUGCACCACCUGAACCAGAAGUGUCACAGGAUAUUUAUUAUACAGUGUCUGAUGUCCUAACAGAAAGUUUGAAGCAAAAAGAAGAAUUUAGUUUGUUAAAAACACAUGGAAAGGAAACAGAUGACACAGAAAGUACUAGGCGUAACAAUACUUUUAUUGUGGAAAAUAACAAAGCCCAAAAAUUCAAGUUUAAUUUUAACGCAAAUAACGCUUUUAAAUAUGAUUCUUCGGAUGAUGAAGAUAUACAUAAAGUACCAGACAUAGAUGAUGAAAUGGUGGACGAAGCUAAAGAAGAUACUCAACAAAAGAGCCUAUUUGGCCACAAAGAUACUCUAUUUCUUGAUAACAAUGACGUACGAUUUAACGAGGCUAUAAAGUUCUUCAGUACAGAAGCUGCGACUAAUGGUGAAUUUAAUAAUUUAAGACGCGAGUUAAAAACAAUUGUACGUAUGAAAAUUCGUAAUAACGAAAGAAGACAUCAGCCGUAUGGUAAAAAGAGGAAAAUUAAAAAAUUUCAAUAAAUAUUGUCCUAUUGUUUUUUCACAUUUAUAUUUGUAAAAAUGUAAAUGAUAAAUAUAAAAUUAUGUAAUAUUGUAGAUGUAGAUAUAUCAUUCCACAAUACACUAGGAUAUUAGC